AACGCGCCGCGGGGCUGCUGGGGCUCAGGCGGGCGCUGGCGGCUCCGUGGCGUUUCCUGCCACGCCGGGCCUGCCUGGGCCGCGCCAGCGCCGCUCCACCGCCGCUCCGCCGAGGGCAGCGCAUUGGCCGCCGCGGGGCUGGGCUUUGCCUGCCCCCUCCCCGGGCCUUGCCCUCCCCCAGGAUGGAGCCCAGGAAACCAGGUUCUGGCAGGCCCUCCUGAGACACUUGAGGCCCAGGACUUCCCGAGGCUUGUGUUAGAUCUCCGUGCUAGUGAUGCACAACCACUCCAGACCCUCACGUCUUAUCCCUUGCUGUUACUAGCACUGCUCCCACCUCAUUCUAGAACGGACAGAAGGAGUUCUUUCAGGAUUCAGUGACAUUUGAUGACGUGGCCCAGGCUGGACGCUGAGCAGAGGACGCUGGCACAUUAGAGGAACACGACCUCUGGGGGAGUUCCUGUUCUGAAUCCUACCUGGUGUCCGGCCCCUGACGCUGGUAUCGGCCCCACCCCUUAGUGCAGACUGAGCGAAGUAGUGUUCUGGAGGCGUCUGGGCGCGCGAGCGGCGUGUGAUGGGCGAAGAAGCGCAGCCGCAGGAGAUGGCCUCCAGCAGCUCCCCACGGGCCAGCGAGCCCAGUCCCGAGGUCAAGCGGAACAGGGACACUGGGGGCCGGGGGGGCAGCCCUCAGGACCUGCCUAUAGAGCAUCACUUCUCCUGUAAGGAGUGCGGGGACGCCUUUCGGCUCAAGGUCCUCCUGGUGCAGCACCAGAGGAUUCACAGCGAGGAGAAGGGCUGGGAGUGCGGCGAUUGCGGGAGGGUCUUCCGGGGGGUCUCCGAGUUCAAUGAGCACCGCAAGAGCCACGUGGCUGCCGAGCCGCAGCCGGGCCCCAGCCGCGCCCUGGAAGAGGCCGCGGAGCAAAGGGAGCCGGCGGAGAGGGAGGCGAAGCCCUUCGAGUGCGAGGAGUGUGGGAAGAGGUUCAAGAAGAAUGCGGGCCUCAGCCAGCACCUGCGCGUGCACAGCCGGGAGAAGCCCUUCAACUGCGAGGAGUGCGGCCGCUCGUUCAAGGUGAGCACACACCUGUUCCGCCACCAGAAGCUGCACUCGGCCGAGAAGCCGUUCGCCUGCAAGGCAUGCGGCCGCGACUUCCCGGAUCGCCAGGAGCUGCUCAAGCACCAGCGCGUGCACACGGGCCACCUGCCCUUCGACUGCGACGACUGCGGCAAGUCGUUCCGCGGCGUCAACGGCCUGGCCGAGCACCAGCGCAUCCACAGCGGCGCCAAGCCGUACGGCUGCCCGCACUGCGGCAAGCUCUUCCGGAGGAGCUCGGAGCUCACCAAGCACCGGCGCAUCCACACGGGUGAGAAGCCGUAUGAGUGCGGCCAGUGCGGCAAGGCCUUCCGCCAGAGCUCCAGCCUGCUGGAGCACCAGCGCAUCCACACAGGCGAGCGGCCGUAUGGCUGCGGCGACUGCGGCAAGGCCUUCCGCGGGCCGUCCGACCUCAUCAAGCACCGGCGCAUCCACAGCGGACUCAAGCCAUACGAGUGCGACAAGUGCGGCAAGGCCUUCCGCCGGAGCUCGGGCCUGAGUCGCCACCGCAGGACCCACAGCGGAGCACGACGCUGCGAGUGCGGCGAGUGUGGCCGCGUGUUCAAGAGACGGUCGGCGCUGCAGAAGCACCAGCCGAGCCACCGCGACUAGAGGAGCGCCCCCCACCCCCAGCCCGAACCCCCUUGGCGGGCGGUGGCGGCAGCAGCGGUGGCGGCCCACAGGGCCCAGUCCCCGAGAGGGGGAGGGCGGAGUCAAAGGAGAUGAACACUUUUGUAGCGCUUAUCUAUUUUCUCGUCAGAAAGGUCGGAUCCAAUUUAUACUGUCACCAGCAAUUUCUAAGUGUACACGUUUCCCAUCUUGCCUAUCGAGAGUAGCUUCUAGGACAUUCUAAUUUAUUUGGACUAGUAUGACUGGCAUCAAGUACCUUCAAGGAAUCCACAGGCCUCGGAACUGAGAAGGAGAGAAGAGCGACGUGCAGGUGUCGCCGGAGGGGGGGCUUUUAGGUCCCCUUCGCCGGGCUGCUCUGCCUCACCCCCAGAGCGAGGCACAGAGCUAGUCCUCGAGGGCCUCAACGUAAGGUGACCCCCGCUUUCCUGGAGACAAGACAGUGCCCCAGAGUUGUUUGGCCUACUUGAAUUUAUAAAUUUUUAGGGAUGUAGAUAGAACACUCAGAUGUCUUAUAAUAUUUAAUUUAUUAAUUCAGCUAUACAUACAUACUGUAAAUCACAUAUUACAUAGAAUAAUAUAUUAAUUUAGAGAGUACUCCUUUUUUCCCUCACACCGCUACGCAAGAUCAUUUUAUUCUAAAUCCUCACAUGCAUCUCUGACCUCACCAUCUUCACCAACCUCGUCACCCCUUUCGAGUCAUCUGACAGUUCGGAAGCAUCUUGGACGGCUUCUGUGCAUCUAAGCUGUAUGCCAUGCAGCACUGUGACAAUCCCUGCACGAGGCUCUCACUAGAAACCGCCUCCCAAGCCAUAAAUACAUGUUCUCAUUCCAUUAGGACAUUUGUGGUUGUUUUGUUCUGCUUUUUUUUUUUUUUUUUUGCUUUUUUUUUUUUUUUUUUCCUCGAUUUGUCCUAUAGCUCUACGGCAUCACCACUUAACGGGUUUGGCUUUUUCAAAUGACUUUUAAAAGACUUUCUGGAAGCAUCUAGAACUUGUCGUUGUGAGGUCAUUCUCCCAGGAACAAGUACUGAAUCUGGGUCAAAUUGCUUUUGCGUCCAUUUUUUUUCAACCACUUCAUUCUGGUGACAUCCCCGUGCAUCCAAAACUAGCAUCAGCUGGGGUCCAUUUCAGGUUAAUAGGUCUUGUCCUCCAGCAGCACUAUUCUGUUCAAGCUCAAGUGGCUGAGAGAGCACACCCAUAACAGGGGCAUCUCAAGGACUCAAGUAUAAGAUGAUGCCUCUUUUUCGGGAGUGAUAGCCUCUCCCCCCACGCAGCCAGCCCUCCGUUCUGGGCUCUGUAAAGCAGGGGUGAUCACAGGACUACCUCCUAAGGUUAUCAUGAGAACCAUGAUGCCACGCCUGGUCCGAAGGUGCACACUCAGUGAAGGUCAUCUGCUCUCAUCGCCAUAAUUACCGCUGGCAUUCUAUGGCUCAUUAGUACUGGAACUGGGGAUGGACCCAGGCCUCCUGACUCCUAGUCUCAUCUUCUUUCUCUCGUGCAGUGACUUAAAUCGUGUUCCUGUUUUCUUGCAUGCAGAUUGUACGUUCAUCUCCUUUGACCAGUUAUCAAGUUACCUUUGGAUAUAUUGACUUUAUACAGCUGUUCGUUCUAGAGCGAUUGUGAUGAUCUCUUUUCCAUUUUGAUUGCUUUGCUCUUGGUAGCAGCUUUAUUACACUUUUGUCCUGUAAGUUUUAGGUUUUACGAACCCGAGCACUCACCGUCGUCUGUUAAGCCGUAACUUCCAUUACUUCAGUACUUCAAUAUGAUGAUGUUUUCUUCUGGAAUUCUGAUUACAAAUGAAAAGUUGAAAGCCCUGCCCCACCAGAAGGUGGAUGCUCCAGGUGGGCAGGCUGGAUGGGAAGGGGCCAGAGAAGCAGGCUCUCUCCUCAUCCAAGAUGCAGACUCGGUGCGUCUCUGUGAGUGGGACUUGACUAUCCAGCCUGGCCACACAGACACGCAAGAGAAACUUCCAUCUCGGAUUGGCCAGAACAUUCUGACUGUUCCUCAGUAUAGCCCGGCCUGUCAGCAGCAGGCCUGGGCCUCAACUAGAUCAAUGGGGUAGUCCAGAUGUGGUCUUGGCUGCAGCUGGCUAUCCAUCAAGCUCCUGGGAGCUUUGGCCAUGCCCGGCAUGGAUUCACUGCCUGAGCAGCAGAGCCACACAAGACAUCUCCUCGAACAUGAGAAGACUCCCUUGACUGAUGCUGUCACGUGGAUUGUGUCCUCCUCCCAAGGAGUGACUCUGCAACUAGAAAGAGGUCGGUCUGGUGGCUUUUGUUUUGGGCAACUAGGGGAAAAUUCACCCAGGUGUUCUGAUGUUAACCUCCUGCAGCUACAGCUAAGAGGAUCUCAGAGAAGAGGCUCAGAGAAGAGCCGUGCCCCUCUGAUGCCCUGUGCAUCAUGGUGACAGAAGCUGGCGCCACAGGCCCGGGCUGUGACUCUCAGCGGCCCUGCCCAGGAGGGGCAAUAAAACAAGGGUUCAGAGGGCGAUGGUGCCCUUCUGACAGCCCGUGUGGCAUAGAAAUGGAAGCUGGUCAUCCUGGGGCUGGGCUGUUACUCGCAACAGACUCCCCCAGGAGAAACAGCAGCAAGGGCUGGCCAGAAACCGGCCUCCAGUGACCUGUGGACCCCGCAGGUAGAAGCCAGCCACACUGGGGCUGUGGUGUGACUUGCCAGCAGCUGUGCCCAGGCAGGGGGAGCCACUAGUGGGCCCAGAGAGGAGGUCAGCACUUCCCGAUGGGCCCGCCGAGACCGAGCUUCCCGGCAAGCAUACCUGGAGGGGCUUCUCAGACCCCCAUCCUGGAAAGCGGGGUCCCCUGGUGACCCCUGUGACCUUAGCCAGAAGGUCAUCUGGAACGGCCCCCAGGCCACAACAGUGGCUCUCUGUGACGUCUCCGUCCUGACCCCCAGGCACUUGUUAAACUUGUUAGCCUUGCGCUCUAUGGCCUCAGUUCUCACAGUUGUGAAACUGUGUCUGAAAUCACUGCUUCCUUCUGCAUCCAUUUGCUCUUUGCAAGCUGUCAGGACAUGGUCAACACAACUGUCAUCCGGUAAGGAACUUGACAUUCACAGGGGGCAAGUCGGGCGACAUCCGCUGGAAGUGCUCCGCCACCUCUUGCUUGUUCACUAGCCAUGCGUCAGCAUCUCUGAAGGAUCCAGAUACAGUGUUGGUAGCUCAGAGCCCCGCGUUGUCGCCACUGCUCCGUUCCUCCCCCUCCGGGACGUGGCACCCUGGCAUCCCGUCACACCCUCCUGACUUCUUCCAUUCUCAGUUCUAGCAUUUUCUCUGAAACAGACCCUCUCCUAGAGUUAACACUAAAGACCGCAUCUUUUCUGUCACUGUGUUUGCGGGUGACGUCCGUGCUCUCUCCAGCUCAAGCAGUCUGUGGCUUUAACGUGUGUCCUGUAGUGUCGCCCAGCUCUGUUUUUGCCUCUAAUGACUCGGGGGUGGAUUUCCUUGGAUUCCGUAGGUGUACUGCGCUGUCAUAUGCAAGAUGUGAUCAAGCUUCCUAUAGUGUGUGCUCGUCUAUGCAUUUGUGUAUCUACCUCAUUUCGUUUUUUCUUUCUAAUCACACACAUCCCUUUUGCAAGGGAAAUGAAGAGCGGUUGGGUUACAUAGAAUGCUGACUCUCAUUGGAGAUCUAACCUUUUCUUAUACUCUGAAAGAAACCUUCCAUUGCUUUUAUUAAAGUUUUGAAUACUUGCUGAAAUUUUUAAAUGAAAGUUGUUGUUUACCAUUUUUGCUGCUUAUUAAGAUGAACUGUGUUGAUUAGUUGUGUCACACCCACUUCUGCAUUUCCAGAGCGAGCCCUACACAGUCGCAGUGCUGGCAUUCCAUGGGCCCGGGGCUUCAGCAUUGUCACAUGCCCUGGGACCCUCACCCUGCACCCCAGGCCACAUUCAUUGAACCAGAACCAAACACUUGACUCAGGGCAGCAACCAGUCAUCAGAGCUGUCUGGAGGUGACAGGCUGGGCCUUUGAGGUUCUCUGUCUGUGAAGUGCAAACAAGAGAAAUGAGAGAGAAGUUUCUAGUUGGUGUUAGAAGAAAGUGGGAGCCACACGGUAUUUAGAGGAGUUGACCCCAUGGGUGGCAUCAUCUUGAAGAUCUGUGGGCUCCUGCCAAGCACUCCAGAGCUGCCUCCACUCCAGCACCCUGCAGGAGUCUGGCCACAUGUAUUUGGAUUUCUGGCAGCUGCCCCCAUCAGUUCGUUUGUGUCCCCAUCCUAGGCUCCCUUGACCUGAGGCAGCUUGAGUGGGUCUCUGCUUUCUGUCAUCCGUCAAGAGUCAGUUGCCUUUGACCACUUGGCUGCUUCCUAAGAAUCACGUGGCUGGUUUUCCUCCUGUUCUACCGGCUCGAGUUCCUGGCUCAAGUCCUACCUGACUGUCGUCAACACCUGUUUAAAUGUGGUACUGUCUUCUGUUCACUCAGAUGGGUAAAAAUCUAUGCCUUUUGGUCUCAGUGAGUUUGACCAAUGCCUUUCUGUCCAGGCAUCCGUACAGGAUCCUGUUUGUCCCAUGAAAUGGGUUUAAGUCAACUUCCGGAGAACCUGUCAGAUCGGGGAUUUGAGAAUUUCUCUAUUACUAGUAUACUUACAUUCUGUACUUCUCAUUGUAUCAGUUUAGGUGUUUACCUUCAAAACUAAAAAUGGUCUCUUUUAACUUGGCCUUCAGUGUUCUUUGCGUAUCUAAGAAUGGUAGCCACGUCUGCCCCAGUCCACAUUUCAGUUGUUUGCGCUCUUCUCUCACUCCUGGUCUCCUUAACUUGUCUGUUUUAUGGCACUUACUAUAAUCAGCCUUGCACUAGAGCUUCGCCCUCCCCACCUGCCCCCCUGCCUGUUAGAUUGUGAGCUCUUAUAAGACAGGGGUGACCCUUCAUGUCUGAUUCCCCUACCAGAUCUAGCACAGUGCCUUGCAUCGAGUAGAUUUCAAUAAAUAUAUGUUAAAUGGCA